GCAUCUUUGUGCCAUUCAUCAAUCCAUCCAGAAAAAAUAGAGUAGAAAAACUUAUGUCUACAGAUUAUAUUAUGAAAUAUUCAAAUUUCUCUUUGGUUACAAUUUUAAGAAUAGUUUUUGAAUUAUUUUUUUAUUUAUAAAAAACAUAAAAUGAGUCAUCAAUGAUUUUUUUUUUUCUUUUGCUAGAAGUAGCUUAUGACAGCUCUUCCUUAGAAUAAUUAUGCCUGGUAUAAAUAAAUUUGCAUGGUAUAAGCAUUCUCUACUUGUGACUGUUUUCUAAUUGUUUGGCAGAGACUUAUACCAAGUCUUGUACCAAAUGCUAAUCGUAGCCACCUUGAUACAGCCCCAAUAUAUUAAUGUCUUGACAAAUCUUAGCCAGUAAAAGGUAGAUGGACGGCUGUGACAGAAUAUCAUUAAAAACCCCUCGCUAACCCGAACCUUUUUGUUGCGUGGUGGACGAUGAAGGAGUGGAUGGAGGAGAGAGAGCGGUAAAGAGAGCAGACAGAUGGAGAAGCAAUACCGGCCGUUGAUCGUGGCGAUGAAGGGUCACCCUGGAACUGGGAAGUCCACCGUCGCACGUGACGUCGCCGCCGCCCUCCGCUGCCCUCUCCUCGACAAGGACGACGUCCGCGACUGCACCCUCCCCGUCCAGCAAUCUCUUGCCGCCGCCGCCUCCUCCGUCGGCGGCGCCGCCGCGUUGUUGAACGAUCUCUCCUAUUCGGUGCUGUGGCGGAUGGCCGAGACCCAGCUCCGCCUCGGCCUCACCGUCGUCAUCGAUUCCCCCCUCUCCCGCCGGGCCCACCUCGACCGCCUCCUCGACCUGGCCCGCCGCGCCGGAGCCAGCGUCGUCAUCGUCGAGUGCCGGCCGUCCGAUGAGGCCGAGUGGCGCCGACGUCUUGAGUCGAGGGGCGCCGCCGCGUCGGCGGAGGACGGCGGCUGGCACAAGCCCACCAGCUGGGCGGAGCUCCAGAGGCUAGUGGAGGGGUACGGCGGCUGCACGGAUUUUGAUGUCGGCGAGGUGCCGAGGCUCGUCGUCGACACCACCUUGGCGGCCGCCGGUGCGGAGGUCUCGGCGGCGGUUGUGGAGUUUAUUCGGUCUAAUGCUGAUGGAUAAACACGGAGAUUUUUUUUCUGUCUUUUGGUUUUAAUCUUUGGAGUGGAUGUGAGGUGACCCGAUAAUACUUGGUCUUUUUCCUUUGUAUGUUUCUUGUUAUCCAUUAUUAAAUAAAAAAUUUAUAUAUAUAUA